CGCCAUUUUGAUUAAUCAUCGAAAUAAAUCAAUUCAAUUACAAUUAGUUGGUAAUUGUUGGAAUUGGUCUACCUGGAAAAAUUAUAUCGUCUUUGGCUGAGUUAAAAAAAUAAAAUGUAUAAAUUGGGUAGCAUUUAACGAAAUGAGUGCAAGUGGCUAUAAUAAACAAAUAAGAGAUGAAAAAACAAGCGCUUUAUCAGCCUUUUAUAUUUAGUGGAAAAUACUUUGAAAUCGUAGAUCAGUAUAUUGAAACAAGUCACCAACGUACAGGAGACUUUAUAAGUGCGCGUUGUUUACAUUGCCCAGAUGGAAGGACAGUAAUUAAAGCGCCUCGAAAGGUAUCCUCAAAUUUGUUAAGACAUAUGCGACAACAUCACCCCCAGGUCUACGAAGAAUAUCGUCAAAACAAGCCAAGAGCAAGUCAGAGGCGCAGAACACUAGAGUCGGAAAUGUGUUAUUUCCUUAAACAGACUGAACCAACGAAUACUUUAGUAAAAUUGGAAAGUUGCGAGAUAGAGUCUGAGACUAUCGUUCCAAGCUCUGUACCAAUAAUGGAUAACAAUCAGUAUAAUCAAUAUGUAUCUACUCAAACCGGUUUCCAUGAAAACUCCGAUAGGCAAUAUGUAAACUACCAGACAUUUGUGCACAAUACGCCCGACCCAAUGAGUAUUAAUGAUCAAUCAACAUACAAUAUUAAACCAGAAGCUGAAUAUAAUCAUACGGGCGUUUCAGGCUAUGAUGCUAAUAACAGUACGCAAAUGGUUCAAGUGGAUGACAGUAAUGAAGCCGAUUUGCAAGCAUUCGAUUCCGAUGACAUACCAGUUAUAGUAAACGGAAAAUAUUUUAAAAUUGUUGAAGAGAUAAACGCUACAGAACAUCAGCGUGCCACACGGGGCAUUGUAGCAGUUUGUCAACAUUGCUCCCGUGAAAAAGCAAGGCCGAUACAUGGAUCCAUGAGAAUAACUUCGAAUUUCGUUCGACAUUUGAAGACUCUUCAUCCAGAAAAAUACAAAGAAUUUGUAACUGAUAGGCAAAACUAUGCUCGUUUGCAGCGACCAAAGAGGGGUCAAAAACGCAAAUUUGCACUUGAUGGGCAGUAUGGAAACUGUUCACGAUUAGAAGGAUACUUUGAUAGCGAAACUAAUGCGCAGUACCCAGAAGGUGCUUCUGCAUACAACGAUGACACUCAACCUUCGUCAGCGAAUAAUUCUUAUAAUGCAGACAAUACCGACGCUGAAUCGAACGAUACUCAUUUAUCAGGAGAUCAGGAGGAAAAAAUUAGUUUGCCCUCUUGCCAACUAACAUGCGAUCCAAAUGACAUACCUACCAUACUAAAUGGAAAAUACUUUAAAAUUGUUGAGCAAGACAUGAAUAGUCAUCGCGCUUCUGUCAGCGUUGUAGCUGCCUGCCAGUUUUGCGACACUGAUAAGUUGGUAAAAGGUCCACUCAAAGUGACAUCAAAUUUCGUGCAACAUUUGCGUUCGCAUCAUUUUAAGGAGUAUAAUAUGUAUGUACAAGAAAAAUUCCACAGCAACAUAAGAGGCCGACGCACACUUACUAGACAGCCAACCACAAUGCCAUUUAUUGAAAAACUCUUGAAUUUCAUUUUGUUAUCCAACGUACCAGUCUCUGUAGUGGAAGAGCCAUCUUUCAUUGAACUUUUUCAAGGCACCGGCCUAGCAGUGUGCUCCUCAUCGCAACUACUUGCGCGUCUGGAUGAGUCGCAUACAUGCUUUGUAGAAAAUAUAAAGCGCAGCCUGCUGGAUGUACGGUGCAUUUGUGUAACGGCUGAUAUUUGGACUAGUCGAAAUAAACACUACUUUGGCUACUGUGGUUUUUGGUUAGAUAAUGAACUUAAGCGCCAGAUGGCAGUGUUAUCAUGCGUUAGGCUCAGUAGUAUGCCGACUAACAAUGAAAUUCAGUCCUUAAUAGGGCAGAUACAUAGCAAUUAUGAAUUGAGCGCAGAUAAAAUCAUAUGUACAGUGGUUGAUGGCGUGCAGGAUUACGUUCAAACAUAUCACAAUUUCAGCAUUAAAAGUAUGUGCAACGAAUACUACGAUGAAGACUUCGGGUUCUCUAUCAGCAGUGCUCAGCAUUUAUUGAACCAACUGCCACAGCAAAUGAAACGUGGUGAAUAUAGUUUACAUCAAUUGACAGUUUUUGACUUUAACAAUAUAUUAAAAUCACAUGAAAUGCUGCAACUUGCGUUGACACGGUAAAUUACUUUGGUACCAAGCAUGUCCUUG